AUGGAUGACGCACCCUUUACAGUUCAAUACUGCUUUCCUGACAACAACUCAUCUUGCAGAAAGGAGGUCCAAACAGGCCCUGGGAAUUUAUUGUUGUAUAUUUUUCUCUCAAUUGUAUCUGUGUUCACUGUGAUUCUGAAUCUGCUGGUGAUCAUCUCCAUCUCUCACUUCAAGGAGCUCCACACUCCAACCAACCUGCUUAUCCUCUCUCUGGCUGUGGCAGAUCUUCUCGUGGGAUUAAUUGUUAUGCCUGUGAACAUAAUGCAACUGAUAGACUCCUGCUGGUAUCUUGGAAAAAUGGCAUGCUCUAUUUAUCCAGUGAUUCAUUUUGUUUCAGGGUCAGGAUCUCUCUUAAGCCUAGUUUUUAUUGCAGUUGAUCGGUACAUUGCUGUCUGUGACCCUCUACAUUAUGCCGCUAGAAUCACAGUUGGUAAAACUCUUUUCUUUAUAAUUCUAGGCUGGUCUUUCUGUCUAUUCUAUGUCAUCAUCUAUUUAUACUUUAACGAGCAUCUUCUUCAAACUCAAAUAAUCACUAGAUGCUACGGAGAGUGUGUUCUGAUCAUAAAAUACUCCUGGGUGAUUGUUGACAUUGUCCUUUUUUUUCUAGCCCCCUGUUGCCUUAUACUGGCCUUGUAUUCAGCAAUCUUUAUCAUAGCAAGACGUCAGGCUAAAGCUGUUAGUGCUGUGAGAAAUAGAGCCUCACAGACAAAUGGCACUAAAUUCUCAAGCUCUUCCGAAACCAAAGCAGCAAAGACGUUGGGUAUUGUAAUAUUGGUUUAUCUUGCUUGCUGGAUACCAUUUUAUUUAAGUUCUCUGUCAGUUGAAAGUUUGACAUCUUCAUCAAUGGUGUGGACUGUGUUUGGCUGGCUAGUAUACUUGAACUCCUCUGUGAAUCCACUAAUAUAUGCUAUUUUUUAUCCAUGGUUCAGAGCUUCAAUUAAGAGUAUUGUAACUUGUAGAAUAUUUGAAUCCUCAUCUUCACAGUUUAAUUUGUUUCCAGAGAAUUUUUAA